AUGAUACUGGCUCUCAGAAUGGUGCCCCUUGCAUUUCCCAGGAUCCUGCUUUUGUCCGACUCCGUAUCGGUCAUCACCGCCCUAGCCAGCCCCUCCAGCGAGUGGCUCGAGCUCCUGCAGGCCCUGAGUCCUAGCCACAUCACGGAAGUGGUCCUGACAUGGAUUCCUGGUCACUGUGGCCUAUCUCCCAACGAGUUGGCGGACAGCCUUGCAAAAAUUUCCCUCUCUGGCCCAAUCAUUGACGUCCUUCCGCCCCUGCCCUCUAUCACGCCGGCCAGGUAUGGAAGGCUGCUGGAGCUGACCGCUCUCCGCUCACUGCAAGCCCGGUACGCCCACCUUUCCCACGCUUGGCAGGCUGGCCGCUGCGUCUCCCGUCAUGUUGAAGUUUUGCUGACUCGACUGCGCUGUCUAGCCCUUCCACUGAACUUUUAUCUGCACCGCGCGGGUGUCAGCCGCUCUCCUGCGUGCGUCCACUGCGGUCAAGAGGAAACUGUGGAGCACUUUCUCCUGCACUGCCCCCUCUACGACCGCUCCCGCCUUAGCUACCUUGCCCAGCCGCUGGCUAGACAAGGGGUUCCCUUCUCCCUGGACGCCAUCCUGUCAUUUGGAGCCUCCCACACCGAGAAAUGGCGGUUUGAAAUAGCGUCGAGAGCCGCCGCCUUUCUUACCAUCUGCGGCCGCUUCUGA